AUGAAUUUUUUCACCCUUAGGGUUGCUCUUUCUGCAUAUAGAACCUUCAGCACAAAGGGUUUCUCAAAACAGAAAACCUACAUUAAUAAUAAGUACAAAGCAGAGACAACAACAGUGACCAAAAGACAAAUACGUAGGUCUAAGAUUCAAUGGACUGAGGAGCAAAAGAGUUUGUUGUCUGCUAUAGAACAGGGCAAAUCAGUGUUCAUCACUGGUUCUGCUGGCACUGGCAAGACCAUGCUUGUCAUUGAGGUUAUCAAGAGGCUGAAGAAGAUGCACACCCCAUCUAAGGUUUUUAUCACAGCUUCAACUGGGGUUGCUGCAGUUGCUCUAAAGGGACAAACUUUGCAUUCAUUUGGUGGAAUCCGCGGCCCCUUUUAUCAUGAUCCUGAGAAGUUGUUUGAAUCGAUUUUGGCGGAUAAAAGGGCCGUUAGGAGGUGGCAAAAGGCUAAUGCUUUGGUUGUAGAUGAGUGUAGCAUGGUGGAUGGUGAGCUAUUUGAUGGCCUCGAAUAUGUCGCGAGAAUGGUGCGUGGCGUGGAUGAAAUGUGGGGUGGAAUUCAGAUGGUUGUGGUUGGGGACUUCUGCCAGUUGCCCCCUAUUCCUAAUGAUUCUUCUAAGCCUGUUAAAUAUGCUUUCGAAGCGAGAUGUUGGGAUGAAUCCUUUCAUUUGCAGAAGGAGCUCACUAAGGUUUUCAGGCAGUCUGAUCCGCAGUUCAUCGAGUUGCUUCAGCGUAUGAGGAAGGGGGAGAUCAUUAGCUUGGACUUGUCAUUGCUGGAGAAGUGUUACUCAGAGAGAGUGUGUGAUUCCUCUGUGGUGAAGCUCUUCCCAUUAAAGAAAAAAGUGAUGGAAGUGAAUGAUAAUAUGCUUAAAAGCUUGCAAAAGGAUGUAACUGUUUACCCAGCUGUUGAUAGUGGCAAGGAUACUUGGAAGAAGCUUCUGAAUCAGGGGAUAGCACCCGAUCAGCUCGAGCUUUGUGAAGGUUCCAGAGUGAUGCUGAUCAAGAAUUUGGACGUUCGGAAAGGAUUAGUGAAUGGAGCAACUGGUACGGUUGUGGGAUUUGAUAAUGGUCUCCCAAUUGUUAAAUUUGAUUCAGGGAAGGUUUUGACAAUCAAACCGGCAGAGUGGAGUAUAAAGGAAGGAGACGAGGUUGUUGCUAAGAGGUGGCAGAUACCACUUACACUAGCAUGGUCUCAGACCAUCCACAAGUGCCAAGGAAUGACUCUUGAAAAUGUUUCCAUCAAUUUUUCAGGAUCAUUUGGUGUUGGAAUGGUUUAUACCGCGCUUUCUCGUGUUAAAACCUUGGCAGGUCUUCACUUAUCUGGUUUUAAAUCUUCAAUGAUUAGAAUGGACCCUAAGGUUUUAGAAUUCUAUAAAAAAUUGUGCAACAAAAGUCUAGACACUAGUUGCAUUGAAAGUAAAGAUAAUUCUAGAAGGCAUAGCUUAUCCUGUACUGCCGAAAAUGCCGAUGCUGCAGAUAAUGUUGGCACUGUAGAGAAAAAGUGCUAUUUUGACCUUGAUGGGUACCUAUCUAGACGCCUGAAAUGA